UUCAACCGAAUUUAGUCCAGCAGUGCAACGAAACUCCAUUGCUCACACUCUAAGCUCAGUGCGAGUCGGUUAAACGUAGUAUUUAGUGCAACAAUAUCAAAAUAGGUAACUGUAAUCCAUAUAAAACGAGCCGCAGAAACGAAGACGACAACGACAACAUGUCUGAUGAGACUGAUUUUGAUCUUUUCUCCGGCAAGAAAUCUAAAGCCAAACAUGACAAGGCCGACGCCGCUAAAGUGACUGCACAAACACGUGACGUCACCCCAGCAACGAGUCAAAUAAUUCAAUCGCGACCCACUGACGAAGAAUUCUAUAGAAAUACGAAUCCUUAUGUGGGCGUUGCUGUCGUAUUCAACCAUAAAUAUGUGAAGGGUCAGAAGGAUCGUGUGGGCACGGAGAAGGAUCGCGACACGAUCGCUGAGACGCUGUCACUCUACGGGUUCGACGUACGUGUCUUUAACGACUUGACGUUCGAGAAAGUGGACGCGCAGCUAAAAGCUAUCGCCAAAGAAGAUCACAGCGAAAAUGAUUGCUUUGUGUUGGUCGUUAUGUCUCACGGUGCGGAAGGACGAAUAUUUGCCAGUGAUAUGAGCUAUCCCGUGGAGCGUCUCUGGCAGCCAUUUUUAGGCGACAAUUGCAAAAGCUUAAUCAAUAAGCCUAAAAUCUUCUUUCUACAGGCUUGCCGCGGCGAACGCUUAGAUAAACCUGUCGUCUUCAGCGAAUUCUCUGUGAUGACGCGACAAAUUGGCGGACCCAGUCAGACCGAGGAAAUCCCUCCUGUGAUAACCUACGCUAUACCGAAUACCGCAGAUAUGCUAGUGAUGUAUUCGACCUUCGAGAAGUACUACUCAUUCCGCAAUGUGGAAAACGGCUCGUGGUUCAUUCAAAGCCUGUGCGAUGUCUUCAUUGCCGCCGCAAGAAAACCGGAAGCCUACGACAAGGGCUCCGAUCUGUUGCGACUGCUGACCGCUGUCAAUCGCAAGGUGGCCUACGAGUAUCAGUCCUUGGCCAAAGUGGAUGUGUUAAACCAGAUGAAGGAGAUGCCGAACUUUCUCUCGACACUCACCAAAACCUUCUACCUCAGAGUAAAGAGCCAUCCCGGCAAAUGAGUCAUCGCAAUGGUACAACACACACGCCGCUUGGCACACAAUUUGAUGAAAUUCGCGCACUUGUGUAUAUAUUUAUGACAACAAACUUCUAUUUAACUAGAAAAACAAAUCGCUUCUUUAUCAUAUCUUUCCAUUGACAUUCCAGUAUGUAUGUAUUCGCAUUCACAGACACACGCAUAUAAGUACAUAAUUUGUAAGUUGUUAUUGCUGCUGUAUUCAAUCGCUAAUCGCCUUGCUUGUCUUAUCAGUAAAAAAGCACCAAAAACAAAGAAUAAAUAAUAAAUAAUAAAAAAAAAAGCAAAUUGAAGUGUUUAGGCUUUAACGAUCGCAAAAACAUAUUAGAAGACAUUUUGUGUUUGCUAAAGAUAAUGAAAGAAAUAACGGUAACAUGUAGUUGUUGCUAUUUAAAUUUAAUUUAUUUGAAUAUUAUAUCAUUUUUACUAACAUUUUUAUUGCCAUUGUUUUCUAUUGCACAACAAAAAUACAGUCAAUAAACAGUUAUUAUUGCUGCAAACGAA